AUAUGGAAUUAUGCGUGACGGAAAAGAUUGCUGGGUUAAUGCGAGUUGUUAUCGCAUUUUGUUUUGUUGGUAUUGGCACUUCCUUGUUUGGUUUUAUACUCGAUACAUUUGGUCCUUCAAAAAGAAUUUUGAAAAUAAUUCGGCGGCAUGGAAUUGGGAAUAUUGUCACAGUUGUACUAUGUGCGGCAAUCAAUUUAUUUUGCUACUGGAUAUCAGACUUGAUAGAUGAACAUCUAAAUGCCAACAAACGGGGCACAGGUAGUCUAGUAAAAGUACAAUUUGAUAUAGGAUAUUAUUUAAUCGCUGGAGCCGGUGGAUUGUCUGUUAUCGUUGUGGCAACUAACAUGUUACGUAGGUAUCCUAUGUACGAUGACAGUGGAGAUGACGGCAUUGAUGAUUGGGAAAAUGAGUUUGUCAACCUGCCUGCUUCGUUUACUCCACCUCCCCCUCCACCUCCUGCAUACACUCCCUGAAGACAACCCCUUACCUCAUCAAGCCUUGUAUGAAGGUAGCGAAAAUGACAGCAGUGUAGAUUUCUUUAAUUUAACCUGCCACACAUAUGUACUUGAGAGUUCACAGUUGGAACUUAUGGUGUUAUCUGCUACUGCUGUAGCUGGGAUAAAGCAUAUAUACCAGGCAGAAUUUGAUACGUGGAACAAAAUUGGCAACAAACAAGCUGCUCUCUGAUUGGCCUGAAUGUAAGGUGUUAGGGUUUGGUAGCCAAUCAGGAAUAAUCUUGUAAGUAGCUCCACAUUGACUCCAGUGUUGGGGAAAACUU